UCAGGCUUUGUACGCGCGAGAUGGCAAUUAAUGAUUCUUAAGGGCUGCAAAUUCAAUUGAUGUAGUUUACCGCCACGCAAAAUGGCCGCUACCGGGUGGUUCUGACUAGUCGUCGUCCGCCGAUUCACAAAGUUUCCAGCGCUACAAAAUACUCCUCGGAACGAGAAAAAUUCAUUUCUACCCGGAUCAUCGUUCUGCUGACAAUACACAUCACUCACAAUGCUGAAAAAUGGAACGACAACUUGUUGGGAAGCUCAGUCAUAAGGAAUGGCGUCGUAUCGCGAAGAGAGAACGACGCAGAAGACUGCGGGUACGCGCAGCGACCACGCGUGACUUGGACGCCGAGCGGCUCGCCGCAAAACUAGAAGAGAGUGACGAUUAUUCAAAAUGGAUCCAGAAACAACGCGCCGAAGAAGAGUUUAAAAAAGCUGAGGAAGCCAAAGAACACGAAUUGCAGGAGAGAAAGUGGCUGGAGGAAGAGGUACGGGCUCAAAAAGAGUGGCGCAUUCAGCAGGAGCGGAAAACAAAAGCGCGCCAAGAACAGUUGCAGCAGGAGGCGCGAAUCCGCGAAGAGUUUGAGGCUAAGCAGGAAGCUUUGCGAUUGAAGAAGGAAGAGGCUCGACGUCGAGAAGAAGAGGAAGCCAAACGUGCCGAACUUGUGCAACGGGAAAUCGACGAGUACAUUGACAAAGGUGCGAGCACCCCCGAGAUCCUCAGGUCUGUGACCAACACGCAGCCUGGCAAGGAGCUUUGCCCAUUUUUCUCGAAGACAGGAGCCUGUCGCUACGGCGACACUUGCUCCAGAAAUCACCAACGACUCGCACUCUCCAAGGUGCUACUGAUACCCGGUUUUUAUUCGCAUUUUUCGCUGGAAAAAAAUUCCGCCGAAUACGACACCGACAUAGGACUGGAAUUCGAUGCCUCCGAAACCCGUCAACACUUCAGGGAAUUUUACAACGACGUUGUACCGGAGUUGGAAAGUUUUGGGAGGAUAAAGACUCUGAAAUAUUGCAAGAACGCGGAGAUCCAUCUUCGAGGGAAUAUGUACGUCGAAUACCAUACCGAAAGGGAAGCAGCUCGGGCGCUGAGGAGUCUGAAAGGUCGUUGGUACGCUGGAAGACAACUGAACUGCGAAUUCGUGAACCUCAAGUCCUGGAGGAAUGCAGUUUGUGGUAUGCCAAAGUGUCCGAAGGGUAGAGCCUGCAAUUUUCUUCACACGUUACGCAACCCGAGGGAUGAAUACGACAUAAGAAGUCCCCCCAGAUCAAGGACGAGGAGAGAAGCAAGCCAGGAACGACGAUUUCCGGGGAGCAGUAAUUACCAAGAACAAAAGAUGGGCUCGUUGAGAUCGAAGGGCGAUCAGGAAUCUGUGAGAGGAUCGCGGGAGGACAGUGCGAGGAAUUGGCGAUGGUCCGAAUCUCCGGAACCUGGACCAGAGUCGAGUACGCGACUGGAAAGAACGGACGAUCACGGACGUGUUUCCAGAAGUCACGAAGAGAGACGCAGGGACCGAAGGCGCCGUCGAGAGUCCCAGAGAUCCUCGAGACGUUUCUCACAUGAUGAAGAAUCAUCGGAGAACGGAACUACGCAAACUCCGGAAAGAUACGAUGACAAGAAGAGUAGGACUUCCAGAAAGAAGCUGAAAAAAACGCGAACGCACAGCGAAUGCGAGGGCAACGAGGAUACGUCGAGCUAUCGAGUGAAGACGAAAAAAUAUAGUAAGAACAUCUCCAAAACCAAAGAUAGAGAGAAUAUUGAAUCCCGGAGAAAAGAUGAGUCUGGAGAAAAGACGAGAUGGGAUGAUCGGAAAAUCGCGAACGUUUCUGAGGGUAAUUUGACCCCUCGUCGAGCAAGAAAUCGAAGAACAAAAAGCCCGUCUUGGAGCGAAGUUGAAGCUAGCGAAGUUGAAGCAAGCGAAGUUGAAGCGAGCAAAGUAUAAGCUGCUGAUACUAGAAUGGCGCAGUGAUGAGUAUAGUAUAAAGAACUUGCAGCAGUCAAAUGAUUAUCUAUUGUACAACCACAUGUAUAUUUUUGCAAACAACUAUCUAUUGUCAAAUAAUAUUUUUCGUAGGCGUAAUUAA